AUGUCGUUUAUUUCUUUGACUCAUUUACCACCUGAAGCGACAUUAUCAAUUGUCGAUUAUUUAUCCCCAUCAACCGAACGUACAACAUUUUAUGAUACGCGUGAACGUCGACAAAAAGAAUGUGAAUUAUAUCAUUUGAAUUUAAGUUUGAUUAAAUCAUUUGAGUUAUUUCAAACAUUUUGUCAUUUAACAUUAUCGACUAUUGCACUAAAUCUCACAUCUUUAACAUUGGGUGAUUUGUAUCGUUUUGAUCAAUUAUCAUAUUUGAUAACAAAUAAUCCUAAUUUAUUAUCAUCAUUUGUUAAUCUUUCAUCAAUGACGAUCAAAAAUUGUUUGGGUAAAAAGUCAAUUAUAUCACGAUUGUUAAAUGAAUUAAAAUAUUUGAGAAAAUUAAUAAAAUUAUCAAUUGUUUUUGAUGAAAUUCAACACAAUGUACUCGAAUGGAUACAUCGAAUAUUAAUACGGGAUGAUGCAAUUAAACUAGAUCAAUGUUUAAUUAAAUGUGAAAAAGUUUACAUGACAGUUAAAAAUAAUGAAGAAAUAAGUUGUUGUUGUAUUACGAAAAUAACCGAAUGUAAUUCGAUUCGAAUAUUAGAUUUAGAUAUAUUCAAAAUAGAUGAUUGUUAUACUCUAACGAAAAAUUUACCAUUUAUUGAACAAUUAAUAAUUCAUGUGCUAACACCUUACAUCAGUUAUACAACAAAAAAUAAACAUGAUUUAUCCUCAAAAAAAUGGGAAGACGACGACAGCAACAAUAAAUAUGAUAUUAAUAAUGAUGAAAUCAAUUAUGAAAGUGAACGUGUAAUACCAAAAUAUUUGAUUCAUUUUUCAUUAUUUGCUGAUGAUGUACCAAUUAGUUAUAAAGAAAUUGAAUUGUUUAUUCAAACAUUAGUUAAUUUAAAAUAUUUAUCAUUGUAUGCUACACAAUUAGAAACAGAUGAACCCAUUGAUGGUUCUAGUUUAGAACAAGAUUUACUUGUCUAUUUACCUCAAAUAGAACAAUUCAAAUUUGAUCUUCGUUAUAAAUUUGAUUAUUAUUCAUUAAAUAUUCAAAAAAUACAAUCAACAUUCAAAAUAAACGUUUUAUGUUUUAUAAUAAAUAAUAUUAAUAAUGAUUAUAAUUAUUGUCUAUGUUCAUUACCCUAUUCAUUUCAAAAUUUUCAAAUGAACACAACAGAUAAUCAAUUUGAUUUAAUAAAAUGGGAUACUGUCGAAUUUUUAACGAUAGACGCUUCAUCAGUAGUAGUAAAUCAGGAUAUAGAAAAAAUAUUUCCAAAUGUCAAAAAAUUAAUGUUAAAUGGAAAUAUAAAGAAAUUUCCAGUAGAAAUGACUCCACUGGCCAAUAUUGAUAAAAUUGUGUUUAAAAGUGGCACAACAAUUGCCGAUCAUAUUUCAAUUGAAUUUCCAUCUAAUUUAACAACGUUAACAAUUGACUUUAAUUUAUUGUUAAAAAUGACAAAUAAUUUUUCAAAUGAUAAUUUACAAUUUGUUCGUCAUUUAACUGUAAAUGACUAUUAUGUUGAAGAAAAUUCAGAUAAAUUAUUGAAAUAUUUUUCUACAAUUGAAACAUUAAUUAUUCAGUGUGAACAUGAUGUAUCUAUAAAAUAUUGUUGUCGAUUCGUUACAACAGCUAUAUUAAAAUUAAAAAUGUUAUUUAGUCUUAAAAUGAAAUUUAUGAUUUUAAAUAAUGAACAAAAUGAGAAUAUAAAAGCAUAUAUUAUAAAAUAUUUGGAAAAAUAUAAAUUUAAAAACAUCUAUUAUUUACAUUGUGAUGAAAAUUUUAUUAAAUAUUGGAUAUAA